AUGGACUGGCAGGAAACACUAUCGCCUACAUGUACAUCAUCGACAGAGGAAUUCUCGGCCUUAGGGCUCUUAACCAAAGCAGAUACAGAAGGACGCCUGGUGGAACUGCCGGCAACACCGAUCAUGGAGCAGUCCCCAGAGGAGCGACUCGAGGAGCAGCGGGGAAUGUAUUUCACUAUGGUCCAGGCUCUGGAGCACGCGAUCAGCAACCCAUCUAUCGAUGUCCUCGAGUUCUGGUCGGGGCACGGCGGAAUCGCUGACCAGAUAGCUGACGGCCGUGUUGGAAACGUAAUCCAUGUGGUUGCUGAACUUAUCAGGCCGAGGCAACACCUUCUCGACCGGGCCCAACCCAUCAUCGAAAAGCUUGUCAAGGAACUUCCGCAACUCUUGGUCGGUCAGAACGUUGAUGGAUACAACCCUUUGCAUCUGGCCAUCAGAGACAACCCGCACAAGCUGUUCAGGCUCAUUGAAUCCGUCUGCAGGGCAAACGGAAGCGAGCAGUCUGCAGUCAUCAAACAUUACUUCGACGAGGCACUUGCACAGCCGUGUCUUGUCGCCAAGAGGACAGCGUUACACACCUACUUUGAGACUAUCAGUUCCUUGGAUUUUGAUACAGCGGAUAUUCUCAUGAAGCAUGCCACGGACGAGCAACUCGCCGCCCAAGACGCCGACGGGAACACGCCCAUGCACUAUGUCGCAUCGUUCCAACACUGCAACCUUGAGGGGCUUAAGGUUAUCAAGAAGCUGAUUGAUCGGGACCAACAAAUCUUUGACAAAGGCCGUGGAUUGAAGCAAUCAAGCUUCCUUGAGGUACGCAACGCCAAGGGGUACUCAAUCUAUCAGAGCCUUGUUGAGUCCAUGGAUGAUGAACGACGUCGCGGCAAAGUGCAAACACUGAACGAAUGCCCAUUGCAAAAAACGGCAUUCCAGGAGAUAUCGCUGCUUCUGAAAAAGCAUUACAUGAGAACGAGAGGCCAUCGGGAGGCUACCUCUUUUCUGUACGGCGACAAUGUGGACGAUAUCGAAAUAAGCUUCCAAUAUGAUAAUCUGCCUACCAGUAUCAACUGGAUAGAUUUCACGGAUUGUUUCGGACGAAACGGCACGUGUGGUAUCAAGCUUGAUAACGUUCUGCAAUCUGUGCGUUUUCCACGAAUAGAUAUAAAUUAUCCUGACGAGGAGCAUUCCCCUCGUGAGGACAUGACACAUAUGUUUCGCUGGCUUUAUGCCAAGGGGGUUCGCCAUAUCAUCAGCUUAUCCGUCGACGACUCUGGCGGCCCAGAGAACACGGUCCACACAUCCGAGGCGCUGCAAGACUGCCUGAGCCUGUUCAGCAUUGAGCGCCUCGACUGGCAAAGGAUAGACCUGGCUCUUGAGGACAUCCAUGAGGCCAUCUCGCAGUGGCUGGGAAGGAACCCGCAUACCGACAAGUAUCCCCUGAAGGAACUCUGCCUGAGAUGGAGCGGCAACAUCAUGGCACUACACUCGUGGAGCAGAGAAGAAGGGCUGCUGAAGUUUCAGGGCCUCGAGAAAGUAUACCUUUACAAGCCCGAGCGACACAAGAUGUGUGGCAAUGAAGCGCGCAUCAAGAAGGCCAUCGUACAAUUCCGAGAUGAGAUAAUGAAGUGCAACCCAACCCUCGAGGUCAUAGUCACGGAGACGGUCGCAACCUCUGACAACCACCGUGGAUGUCGUAUCCCCCCUAUCCAAACCUAUUUUGAUGACGUUGAUCCUGGUUGCGGUGGUAAACUGCGUCAACAUCUGCGAAGCGCAUCCAACUUUUCGCUCCCCUUGAUCAACAACUGGAGGUCUCUCUCACCACUAUUUCGCCAGAAGUCGACUUCAACAGCAGGGGACGACGUUGUCGUGGCUAUGAUUGGUGACGGCGUGGACGUCAUGGACAGGGCACUGCAUAACCAGUGCUUGACGGGCAAAAGCUUUGACUACCGGGAGGCUGAAGAUGGGGACAUAAGCGAAGUUUACUUGCCACCGUUUGUGUCAGCGUCAGACGGAACGGUGAUGGCGAACCUCAUCUUGCGUGUAUGCCCAAUGGCUAAGAUUUACCCUAUUCGACUUCCCAAAGGCGGACGUGUGUUGGAUGCAGAUUCCUUGGCCAAGGCUAUUGAAGCUGCCCUAGCUAAGAAAGCUACUAUCAUCUGUUUGCCACGGAUAAUGAUACCUGAAAUGACUUGCGACAGACCUGAAAACGAACGAGUCCUCCGCGCUUUGAAAAGGGUCCAACAGGAAAAUGUACUCAUGUUUUGCCCGUCAGCCACCAUCGGAAUCUUCGACGCCUACCCCAAAGGCAUCUUCUUCAUCGGCAAUACUUGCGAUUCCAGCGAUACGAGGCUACGGGGCUCUGGCCAGUAUUUCAUCCUCCCCGGCCUUGAUAGUAUCCCAAACACUGCGCGGUCCAGCACGUCCCAGACAGGUUUCAUGGACGGCUUCGCCCAGCGCUUUGCAGAUGUUGACUGCGCGUCAUCCAACAGCGUGUCUACGGCUCUGGCGACCGGCCUCUCUGCCGUGAUCAUCUACAUGGUCAAGCUGGGCGUGAUGAUGAGCCACCUCCCCCAGGAGGACAACCCGGACAUUAUGGCGAGAGUAGAGUUUGCUGAGAAUGCUGCAGAGACAAUCACGCGACCUGAUGUUAUGUCUCGUAUCCUUCAAGGACUCUGCCCCGAUGACAGCACUCCUGAUCUCGGCAACGUGUGGCACUCUCUCCUGAAGAUGAGGAAUGAAGUGAGCCAGAGGGGUGUACUGUCGUGCCAGCGUGUCCUCUUGGGUAUCACGUACAUGAUUUUACUGAAUCAUCGAUGA